AAAAACAAUGUGAGGACGUGGUACAUGUACUGUGUUAUUGGACGCUCAGUAAAGGCAAGAAAAGAAAGUGGAUUUCACGUUUCGAGCGGAGAUCUUCGUCAGAAAUAUAGAAAAAGUCCAAAGAAGUGAAGACGGAGAAAGAAAAUCGCCAGCGAUACACACGCGGGGUAUAUAUACAUAUAUACGUAUAUACCCACACCAAAUCAUUAGUUGACUGUUAGUAGCAACCGACACACAUAAGAAUCGAAAGAGCAAAGAUCCACAGAUUUCAACAUUUACAUUAACCAAAAUGGCGAUCAUUACAGUUUUGCAGUUGAGUGCUUUGUUGCAGAUAUUUUGGCUACCAGCUCCAAAUCCGAAAGAACCAACCGGAAAUCGUGUUUUUAUCCGCAAGAACGAAACGACUCUCACGCAACCAGAAACGCACAACAUAUAUUCCGCAGUAAACCUCUUUUUGAACGACGAACGUGCCAUUGGAUACGCAAGCUUCUCAGCUUUCCACAAUAAUCAAAGUAGUUGUGCGAAGAGGUCGGGUGGAAGCAGUGCAUACUGCGCAACACAUGGCAAAGCAACCUAUCUUCUCUGGAAUAGAUUGUACCUUGCACAAUUAGAACAAGCGCUGGCUUCAUACGAAGGCUUUACUGGUCUUUUUUAUUAUGACUGGACGAGUAUCAAGAUUCCCAUGAACAAAAUGACGUUUGUCAGUCAUUAUCAUACAAAAAACUUUCUGCUAGAGGGCGUUCUGUUAGCCCUGGAGCAAGACGAUUAUUGCCGUUUUGCUAUUAGGCUUGAAAUGGCUCUCAUACAAUCUUUUUUCCACACCGGCAUCAACCCAUAUCGAUUGGACGACAUGGCUAUAUGUCACUACACAGUGAACGCUGAUCGCAUCUUCACCUUGUGGCAGCAACUUCAAGACUACAGAGGCAGGAGAGCGGCCAUUAACUGUGCUUUGAACUUGCUCCAAAAACCGUUGGGAUCGUUCGAACGUGUGUACAGGAAUCGUAUCAAUCUCAGCAGGAUAAACGCUGAACCGAUGCAGUUAGUGAAUCCCGCUGUUUCAUUGGGUUAUCAUUAUGACGAUCUUAGUCUCAAUGGCAUGAACAUCUCAAGACUUAGCCAGCUUCUCCAAGAGCGCCGAUCGAAACAUAGAUCUUUCGCCAGCUUUCAUCUACGUGCAAUCAAAACGUCGGCCAAAUUCCGGGUCUUGGUUUGUGUGCCGCGCAAAGGUAAAACCGCGCAUGUGCUGACAGACGACUGUAACAACGAUGCAGGUUCGUUCUUCGUUCUGGGAGGAGAUGACAUCCACCAACAGAAGUGGGACUACGGCUAUCCGUACCUCUUCGAAAUCACCGAUGUAGUGGAAUCACUCGGUGUCCCGCUAGAUGGCGACUACUACGUUCAUGCAGAUAUAUCUGCCCUGAAUGGCACACAGCUCCGAGAUGACAUCAUACCGGCACCCACAGUGUCCUAUAUCCCAGGCCGAAGACACACAAACGAGAAGAAAUUGGUGAAGAAACUGCGCAGAAAGUUCCCCAAGAAACUGCACAAAAUAUUUCCCAAGCGGAAAAACGUCAAUGAUUUAACUAAAAAAGAACGACUCGAACUAAGAUUAGCCAUGAUGUGUUUCGUCAAGGACAAAUCCAUGCAAGGUUACCAAAUUUUAGCAGAAUAUUCCGGACUGUUGAAGAAAUGUCCCCAACCGGAAUCAACCUAUCAACGGGUUUGCCGCCUCCAUGGAAACCCGGUCUUCUUGCAUUGGAACCGAUUAGCUGUGAAGCAAUUUGAGAAUUCACUCAGUGAGUGCGGAACCAGUGUUGCUUUACCUUAUUGGGACUGGACAGAUCCUGUGAACACCAUACCGUUGUUUUUAUCGAACCACUCCUUCUAUGAUCCAGACUGGAAACAGCUUAGAUUGAACCCGUUUUCCCGUCUCUCAGUUGAUUUCAUGUCCUAUAAUGAAGAGGCUUCGAGAAAUACAGAAUGGGUCACCGAGUAUCUUGGGGACGAGAAACACGGGGCCCUCUUUUCCCAGCUACUGCUCGCUUUUGAACAGGAGGACUUCUGCGAUUUCGAAAUCCAACUGGAAGUUCUACAAAACAGCUUCUACAACAUUUUCUUGGUACCGGAAUUCCAAACGUUGGACCACAUGACGUUCGAUCCUCUGUUCUGGAUGCAUAGCAAUCAAGUGGAUCGUCUGUGGGCAACGUGGCAGGCUUUGCAGUUCCAUCGGGGCCUCUCGUCAGCGGCCAACUGUAUACACUCUGACCUUCACCAUCCUUUGAAACCGUUCGCCGACGGUCCGCCUAUCAACACUAAUUUGAUUACCUUUGAACACUCGACGCCCGAUCAAGUGCACGACUACCGAAACAAUUUGCAUUACGAGUUCGAGUCUCUUAAACUAGGAGCUGAUAUGUCUAUCGAUAUCCCUGAUCUUCAUACUCGUAUCGAGGAUCUGAAAAAAAAAGACCGUGUUUUUAUUGGGUUCUUACUGCGCGGCAUCAAGACGUCUGCCAAGAUCCAGGUAACGGUGAAUGAAAACUUCAGGGACAAUGAUAAGAGGAGUGUGCCCACAAUUCUGGCUUCCAUAUUGGUGUACGGAAGUCCUCAAGAGAACGAGUGGAGUUUCGAUCGCUAUUACAAACACGAAAUAACCCACAGCCUGUUACUUUUGGACUAUAAAUACGAUGACAAGAUCCCUUUAAAUGUAUAUGCCGAAGACAUCAACGGUACAACUCUACCAGACGCUGUUUUACCCGAACCAGUAAUUAUAUACGUACCUAACAAAGAUAAUUCAAAAUGGCCGCUACAAUAUUUGCCGACGCACGAAAGGAAACUGGUGGACACUCUCACGAGUAUGGAAGAAGUGGAGAUUCGAGAAGCAAUGCGCAUGUUCAAUGCUGACAAGACGGCCACCGGGUUCCAGAGAAUUUCGGCUAUGCACGGCUCGCAUCUCUGGUGCCCGUAUUUAGCUGCUCCAGUCAAACACAUGUGUUGUCACCACAACAGCAAGACCUUCCUUCCGUGGCACAGACUACUUAUGAUGAACUUCGACGAUGGCUUGCGAAGAUACGGUAACAGGCUUGGAGCCCCGUACUGGGAUUGGACAAGGCCCUUUUCGGCCUUACCUAAGCUUGCAACUGAUAAGGUCUACAGAGAUUUGAGCGGGAAGCUGAGAGAGAACCCUUUCUUACGUACGCAUAUUGAUUACUUGGGAGUGGAUACUGUGAGAGAUGUGCAAGCGAAAUUAUUUCACCCAAGUUAUCGCCGACGUGUGUACGAAUGUGUUCUAAACGCCCUGGAGUACAUGGAAUUUGAGCGUUUCCAGUCCGGACUGGAACAUGUUCAUAACCUGAUACAUGUGUUGGUUGGUGGCUCGGCUACCUACUCAAUGUCUUGUCUGGAGUACGCUGCUUAUGAUCCGAUUUUUUUUCUCCAUCACAGCAUGGUGGAUCGCGUGUGGGCCAUUUGGCAAGAAAUGUAUUACGCAUUUUUCCCAGAUCCUUCUUAUGGGUCGACUAGUCGUUACGGCACAGAAUACAAUGAAACUUUGAGCCCGUUCAACAUUACUUCUGUCAACGUGUAUCAGACGACCAGGAAAUAUUCUGUCCCCUGGAUGACGUUCGAUUACGGAACCAACUUCCAGUAUGGUUAUGACAGUCUGACUAUCAACGGAAAAUCUGUGGCGAAGUUGAGCUGGGAAAUCCAGGAGCGACAGAGAAGAGACCGCUGGUUCAUUAUAGCUUACGACUUGAAAGACAUCAAACAAUCAUACAUUGUUAAAUUCUACAUAACGCUGACGGACACCGCUGGAAAGGCAUUUAACUCCAGUGACGAGAUUUUUCCUGCGGGUGAGAUAUACGUGUUUAACGGUAAACGGGCGAGGCCGUGGAAGACAAACGUCACAUACAGGAUCGAGAUAACAGACUUGAGUAGAAGACAACGUCUUUGGAAGGAUAACCAUUUUGUUCUGAAGCACAGAGUAUUUGACUUACCUGGCAAGGAAAUGCACAACGUGACUCUACGCGCCAGUGUGGUGUUUGUGCCGAGAAAACCCGAUCGCCGAUGUAACGAGUUCGCUGGACGCGAUGUUUGUAGUGUUGUCCAGUAGACACCAACCGGAAGUUAUGUUGACCAACAGAAACCAAAGACUACCACUGACCAACAGCAGUCAAUUAAGAGCAGUGCUGACCAUCACCAAGGCGGAUUGGUAUAAAUCAGUUGUGACCAAUGGCAUUUAAUUAUGAUCAAUGUAGAUCAAAUUAGAAGGACGGUGACCGAUUUUAACUAAAUAAGGACCAAUUGAGACAAGUGUUGACCAUAGAAUGAGACAAUUGGGCGCAGGUGUUCAGACGCUGGUGACUUGACUUGGCUGGCUGGACACACGAACAUGUACACUUCUUAAUGCUUCUCUCUCUCUCUUUCUCACUCUCUCUCUUUCUCUCUCUCUCUCUCUCUCUCUCUCUCUCUCUCUCUCUAUCUAUCUA